GUAUAUGUGUGUGUGUGUGUGUGUGUGUGUGUGUGUAGAUGUGUGUGCAUGUGGAGGUCAUGCAUGUGCAUGUGUGUGCAUGUGCAUAUGUGUAUGUGUGUAGAUGUGUGUGUGUGUGUGUGUGUGUGUAGAUGUGUGUGUGUGUAGAUGUGUGUGUGUAGAUGUGUGUACAUGUGGAGGUCAUGCAUGUGUGUGCAUGUGCAUGUGGAGGUCAUGCAUGUGCAUGUGUGUGCAUGUGCAUAUGUGUGUGUGUGUGUGUGUGUGUGUGUGUGUGUAGAUGUGUGUGCAUGUGGAGGUCAGAUGACAACUUACAGGAGUUGGUUUCCUCCUUUUUAUUGUGUGAGUUCUGGGGAUGGAACUCAGUCUGUCAACCUUGGCAGCAGGCGCGCUUGCUUACUGAGCCCCAGUUAAACACAUUUAGCAUGAAAUGUGAUUUCAUUCUGGCUUUCAGAUGCUCUUUCUUUUGGUCCUCCUCUUCCACACUCUUGCCUCCCAUCCAUUCCCUCAUUGGGAUAACUCCAACAUGCUCCAUCAUGGUCUUUCUUCCCUUACCUCUUCCUUAAGUCCUCUCUUUCUUCCUUCGUAGUCCCUUUUCUGGUUUCAUGACCUGAACCUCCCACAGAGAAAGGCUGAAGUAUAGGACCUGGUCUCCAACUCAUGGCAAUCUCUGUGUGUUAGUCUCCCAAGUACGAGGGCUACUCGCUGACGAGGCCAGCCAGAUGAGGACCUUUACCUACUGAAGCCUUGGGUAAAGUGGGGUUGAAGACAGCUCCCGUAUCUCAAAGUUGCAUGAGGGAAAAAGACAAGAUAAGACAUAGGUCAUACUUAGCUCAGUGCUGGACACAAUGGAGCCUGCAGUAAAUGCAAAAACAAAACAAAAAACCCAAAAACCCAGCAGGAAGUGCUGAUGGGACCACUCACUGGGUAAAGACACUGCCACCAAGCCUGACGGCCUGAGUUCCUCCCUGGGGACCCGUAUGGUGGGAGGAGGGACCAAGUUCCUGGAAGUUGUCCUCCGACCCCCACAGGGUGGAAUAGCAUCUGCUGCUCUCACCAGAUAAAAUAUAUGUAAUGAAAAAAUUUACCCAAACAGUGGGAAAGCAAACUGUAGCAAACUGUAGUGUUGUGUGUUCUUGUAUGCAUUCUUAUAGAAGCCCCUCUUUCUUCAGCUUGGGGCAUUGCUUCAAACAUCAAUCAAUCAAGUGGUGUUGGAAGCUGGGAUGCUGUAUUCAGAAUCUAGUUCCUUCUGUAGAACCAGCCAUUUUCCUCUUAAAAACAAGGAGGGAGUAGAGAAAGAUGCCCUCUCCAUGCUGACCUCAGCAGGUGUCAGGAUGUACGGCUGGCCGGCCGCUGCCCCAGGCUGGAGUCAGCCAGGAUGUGACCUGAGCCUCCUGACCGGCAGUCCUGCUUCCUUUUCCUCAGUGGCCUGGGUUUUUGUUUCCAGAGAAAAAGAGUGAGUCCCAUCCUGAGGAGAGCACAGAGCAGCCUAUUGGAGGGCUUGUUACAACACCAGGCGCCAUGCCAGCUCUAGGAGCUGCUCUGUCUCAGGAAGUCAUAGGAGGGCCUGGGACUUUGUGUUUUUAACACAUCUUCAGCCAUGCUCUAUACCUUUAAGUUGGGCCUGGCUUGAAGCAGCUCUCUUUGCAAUGGAGUUUGUCUCCAUUUGAAAGGCUCCAUUUGGAAUGGCUGGUUUCUGAGCUCCUCCUCCCAUCUGCUACAGCCCCAGCAGUCCUGUGCAGAUUCUAGAAGACCCCGCCUACUUCUACCCAGACUUGCAGCUCUAUUCUGGGAGGCAUGAAGCAUCUACUUUGACAGUGGAGGCAAGUGGAGGCCUAAGGGGGAAAAGCGUAGAGGACCCUCUCUCCAGCUUCCACUCCCCGAACUUCCUGAGGACGCCCGAGGUGGAAAUGAGAGGUUCUGAGGAUGUAGCCUCUGGAAGAGUGUUACAGCGGCUGAUCCAGGAACAACUGCGCUAUGGCACCCCAACUGAGAACAUGAACCUGCUGGCCAUUCAGCACCAGGCCACAGGGAGUGCAGGGCCAGCCCACGCCACCACCAACUUUUCUUCCACGGAAACCCUCACUCAAGAAGAUCCACAAAUGGUCUAUCAGUCGGCCCGCCAAGAACCGCAGGGUCAAGAGCAUCAGGGAGACAAUACGGUGAUGGAGAAGCAGGUCCGGUCCACACAGCCUCAGCAGAACAACGAGGAGCUCCCCACGUAUGAGGAAGCCAAGGCCCAGUCCCAGUUCUUCAGGGGACAGCAGCAGCAGCAGCAACAGCAGCAGCAGCAACAGCAGCAGCAACAGCAGCAGGGACAGGGGCCCCUUAGCCACACUUAUUACAUGGCCGGAGGUACCAGUCAGAAGUCCCGCACUGAGGGGAGGCCCACAGUGAACCGGGCCAACAGUGGACAGGCGCAUAAGGAUGAGGCCCUGAAAGAACUAAAGCAGGGCCAUGUCCGGUCCCUCAGUGAGAGGAUCAUGCAGCUGUCACUGGAGAGGAAUGGGGCUAAGCAACACCUCCCCAGCUCUGGAAAUGGAAAGAGCUUCAAAGCUGGAGGAGAGCCAUCCCCAGCUCAGCCUGUCUGUAAAGCACUGGACCCUCGUGGCCCUCCACCUGAAUACCCCUUCAAGACCAAGCCAAUGAAAUCCCCAGUCAGCAAGAACCAAGAUCACGGUCUUUACUACAAUGACCAGCACCCUGGGGUACUCCAUGAGAUGGUCAAACCUUACCCAGCACCUCAGCCUGCGAGAACAGAAGUGGCCGUCCUGAGGUAUCAGCCACCCCCGGAGUAUGGCGUCACCAGCCGGCCCUGCCAGCUGCCUUUUCCAUCUACGGUGCAGCAGCAUAGCCCCAUGUCCUCUCAGACCUCCUCCAUCGGUGGUACUCUGCACUCCGUCUCCCUGCCUCUUCCACUUCCCAUAAGCCUGGCGGCUUCACAGCCCCUACCAGCCUCCCCCAACCAGCAGCUUGGACCGGAUGCCUUUGCGAUUGUGGAGCGAGCCCAGCAAAUGGUAGAGAUCCUGACAGAGGAGAACCGUGUGCUUCACCAGGAGCUUCAGGGCUGCUAUGACAACGCUGACAAGCUCCACAAGUUUGAAAAAGAGCUGCAGAGUAUUUCGGAGGCCUACGAGAGCCUGGUCAAGUCCACCACCAAGCGUGAGUCUCUGGACAAGGCAAUGAGAACCAAGCUCGAAGGCGAGAUAAGGAGACUUCAUGACUUCAACAGAGAUCUCCGAGAUCGACUGGAGACAGCCAACAGGCAGCUGUCCAGCAGGGAAUACGAUGGGCAUGAAGACAAAGCUGCAGAGAGCCAUUACGUGUCCCAGAACAAAGAAUUCUUGAAGGAAAAGGAAAAGUUGGAAAUGGAGUUGGCAGCAGUGCGUACGGCAAGUGAGGACCAUCGGAGGCACAUCGAGAUCCUGGACCAGGCUUUGAGCAAUGCGCAGGCUAGAGUGAUCAAACUGGAGGAAGAGUUACGAGAGAAGCAAGCCUAUGUGGAAAAGGUGGAGAAGCUGCAGCAGGCCCUGACCCAGCUGCAGUCAGCGUGCGAGAAGCGAGGGCAGAUGGAACGCAGGUUGCGGACCUGGCUGGAGAGGGAGCUAGACGCUCUGAGGACACAGCAGAAACAUGGCACAGGCCCUCCAGUCAGUCUCCCAGAAUGUAAUGCUCCUGCCCUCAUGGAGCUGGUGAGGGAGAAGGAGGAGCGGAUCCUCGCCUUGGAGGCCGACAUGACCAAGUGGGAGCAGAAGUACCUGGAAGAGAGCACCAUCCGGCACUUUGCCAUGAGCGCAGCUGCCGCUGCCACAGCCGAGAGGGACACCACCAUCAGCAACCACUCGAGGAAUGGCAGCUAUGGGGAGAGCUCCCUGGAGGCCCACAUCUGGCCAGAGGAAGAAGAAGUGGUGCAGGCCAACAGGAGGUGUCAGGACAUGGAGUACACUAUUAAAAACCUCCAUGCCAAAAUCAUAGAGAAGGAUGCCAUGAUAAAGGUCCUGCAGCAGCGAUCCCGUAAGGAUGCUGGGAAGACGGACUCUGCCAGCCUGAGGCCUGCCCGCUCUGUCCCAUCCAUCGCUGCGGCCACUGGGACACAUUCUCGCCAGACUUCUCUUACCAGCAGCCAGCUGACAGAAGAGAAAAAGGAAGAGAAGACGACCUGGAAAGGGAGUAUAGGAUUCCUGCUGGGAAAGGAACACCAGGGACAGGCAUCUGCCCCUCUGCUGCCGACCACACCUGCCUCUGCAUUGUCCCUUCCGGCCUCUACCACAUCGGCCAGCAGCACCCACGCCAAGACGGGCAGCAAGGACAGCAGCACACAGACCGACAAGAGCACGGAGCUCUUCUGGCCCAGCAUGGCUUCCCUCCCCAGCCGUGGCAGGCUGAGCACAGCCCCUUCCAACAGCCCCAUCCUAAAGCAUCCAGCUGCCAAAGGAGCCGUGGAGAAGCAGGAGAACUCUCCUGGUCAUGGGAAGGCAUCGGAGCACAGAGGCCGAGUCAGCAACUUGCUGCACAAGCCUGAGUUCCCAGAUGGCGAGAUGAUGGAAGUGCUCAUCUAGCGUCGUCCUGUGGCGCUUGCCAGCAUGCUGACAGAUGAGAACAGAGGCUGAAAGAAGAGCUCCAGAUGGGCAGUUGCAGUAGCAACUGCAAAACCAGGACAGGUGUGGACUCGUCACAAUGUUACCAAAACAGCUGGCUCACUAUCUGCAGAGGGAGUGAGAGAGGACGCAUGUAGGCUUGGAAGCAGAGUAGAGAAGGAGGAGGAGUGGAAUUUUCCAUUGUAGAGAAAUUGUAUGUCUUAGGGAGGCUCCAUGCUUCCCCAUUCUUGGCUUAUAAACAGAUGAAGAAGAGCUGGGCCUUCCUUGGAAUCCCCUUGUUCCCUUUGCCUUUUAGCAGGUUUGGUUUAAGAAGAAUCUGCUAGAAAUCCUGAAAGCCCAUCUCGGCAUAAUGGUGUGUGUGUGUGUGUGUGUGUGUGUGUGUGUGUGUGUGUGUGUGUGUGGUGUCCUUAGCAAAUACAUCCAGGAUAAUGGGGAAUUUCAAGUUUUGUCACCUUCUUGGCUGUUUCGUUUGUGGUUUGUGAUUUCAGAGAGUGUGAAGCUUUGCUUGUUUGGAUUGGAUGGUAUUUUCUAAGCAGGAUGUGAGCAAGAUGCCCUUGCCCUCACCCAUCCUGAUUUCUUUGAGCUUAUCUGUCUCAUCUCUACUUACUAUUUUAUUGUUGUAUUUUUCCUGUUUAAUUAGACAUAGCAGAGUUCCUUAUAUAUGGGACUUAGGAGACUACCAUCCUUGCUGUGGUGUCCAGAUGGACAGAGCCUCGUGUUGGCACCCCAACUGCUCUUCCCACCUUUGCUUAGCAGAACUGCAGCUGUCAGCCUUAUUGUGAGCUAGAGAUACCUGGCUGAGGAGUCCAUGAGUUGCUGACAUAACAUCAUGCCUCUGAUGUGCAUCUCUCUCACGUCCACACUCUUGCUAGGAGGUUGACAAUUACACCCCAUCGCCCUGUGGGGAAGACUUCCUUGUGAAUAGGUGCCACAGGAACCCAUGAUGGCUUACCCAGAGCUCUCUAGGUAGCAUGGGAGGUCUCAGCAGGCAUCCCCAGCCUUUCUUGUAUUUGAAGCUCUCAGGUGGUCUUUUGUUGCUCUCCCCUGCCCCAUUCUGCCCUGGUUGCUGUUGAUAAGCACAGUGCCAUCCCUGAUCAAUUCUUUUUCCCUGUGAAUUUGUUUCAUAACCCAUCAGACUGGUAGACACACAGCACAAUCAGUAUCACAGAAAGGGACACGACUUACCUGAAGUGAGGCAGCAAAGUCAUGGAAAUGAGUCCCUAUGAACAAGAGGCAGGACCUGAGGCUGCUGCCACAAGCUCUCAUGUUCAUUGCUGUGGAAGCUGGCUUCCUGGAAACCCCAGAAGAAGCUGCCCAGGGGAGGGUGAACUAUCUCCAGAUCAGUAAGGUUUAUUUCCAAGUCCCCUUCCUCAUCACUCCUUUUUGGCUCAAGAGAAAAAUGAAAAGUGGUAAUUCUGUGACGUCAAGUCCCUCUUAAGUGCAGCACUGAAAAUAGCUUGGCUCAGAGAGCUCUGCUUGGAUCAUGUGUCCUAGGACUCAUCUCUAGGAUGAGACUGUGGCCUCCCCAGGUUGAGGUGGUACAUGUAUUGUGAGAGACGUAGCCUGGAGAACAGAGAAGAAGAGAGGCAAGGGGAGGAGAGAGCAGUGGUGUUUCCCUACAGGACCCUGGACCAUCUGACAAGACAGAGGAGGUGGGACUAGACUACCCACACUCCACUUGGCAGUGGGAACCAGGCUGGGAGCCUCCCACCCCCUCCUUAACUCUUCUCUCAGAUCUUGCAGCCUGAGUACUGAGCUUGCCCUGUGCCUUGUGGGGAAGGGAGUGAGAAGGCAGCAUAAGAGGUCUUGCCAGUUGAGACAGAAGCAGGUAGGUGCAGGAACUAUUUUGGAUAGGGCAUGUUGUUCAGUUGAUGGCAACUAAUUCUCUUAAGAACAUAUUGUCUCCUAUUAAUGUUGGGGACAAACCCAGAAAGGGAAGGGUAUAGAGAUGGGGAAUUGGUGAGAUCUUCCAGCCCUGAGACCAUGUCUGAGCCACCCCAAACUUAGGCUAUCUCCCAGCAUAGGAGUGAGACACUGCCCAGUUUACUCAAAUUCUAGUGUACGUGUUCCAGACACAUUGCACACACAGACAGAAAGUCUCCUGUUCCAGCCCCCUGCCUCCCUGCGUUGUCAGUCUGUUUCAGUUGUCUGAAAACAAAGGGGACACAGACCAGGGCUUUAACUGCAAGUGAACUGUGGCUUUUGUUCAAGAGUCCGUGUUGAGAGAGAUGGGCUAUGGGCUUUCAGAUAGAGGCCCUUCAGUCUUCUGUCCUUGUAAUUCUCUUGAAGGGUGCAUGAUAGAGGAGCCCCAGGCACUCGGGAGCCUCGCUGUGCUCUGGGGAGUUCAUGGGAUCUAAACUCUUUCGACACCAAACAACAGUACUACAUAGGUAUUUUGGUACAAACUGAAAGCACUAGAAAAAGUGCCUGUUGAAUGGUCCUCAAAGCACCAGAGAAACGAGGCCAGGUUCUCCCUCCUGGUUGUUCAGAUGCAGAAGCUGGACCCAGGAGGCAUACAGCCCAUCUCCAAGCUUCACUUAAAGCAAAGACUCAGAACAAGAGGCUCAGUCACAGGCUGCACGGCCUUGAACAUGCGCAGCGCUAUGCCUGGUGCUCUGUGGCCCAAUUUGUGAUACUUGUGUGCACACAGGGAAGCUGUCACACCUCUCAGGGCCUGAAAACAGGACUAAACCCAAGCCUCAUAUAACUAACCACACCGCCACCAUCCACAGGCGUGGAUGGAAGUCUUCAUGUUCUGUUAUAAGCACAACUACAAAGCAAAUUAAAAAAAUAAAUAAAUAAAAGUCCUUCCUCAUAGUGCAGAAGGCUCGUUUUCAGAUCUCUUGGAGCAUUUGAUCAUAGAACUUGAGGGUCUUCUCUUGGGAUAAAGAAAGGAUAAAUAAAGGCUGUGGCACUUAGUGGUGGUUGGCCAGCAUCCUGCUUUGUCCUUGAGUGAGCAGUGUGGUGAUGUCUGAAUACUUCCAGGUGUCGUGUGGAACCUGAGAAGUAUUGAGAUCAUGUCUCUGUCCCUGUGGUUUCAGUAAGUAGAUUCUUCUAUGUGUAAGCACUAUUUCUCUCUGGAGGUUCAUAGCACUAAGCUGCCAAGAAAAACACGUUCAUUUGCAAAGAAUUAAGAGUGUGUGCUAAACACUUGACAUUGUUCUUUGUUUCUCAGAAGCUAGUGACCAGCAACGUGGAGUGUUCAGCAAGUCCCCACCAUGCCUGCAGGGUGGGGCUGCUCCCUUCCACACCCAGCUUUCCUUAGGGGUGGAGACAGGGAAUGGUGGGACCUGUGUUGUUCCGUCCCGCAGAGGUCUCUCUUUGGAGCCCAUGUAUAAGGCUUGACAUUUUUCUGUGAGUAGAUUUAGAGGCAGUUGUUCCAAGUGAAUUCUGGCCUCAGUACAAAGAAUCCAGUGGUUCUGACACUCGGGACAAAAGCUCUGGUAUCCCCUGUAGAGAGGCUCUGUCCUGCUUUGCUCCAGCCACUCACACAUAGUUAAUAAAGUGGCUGAAGCUCCUCCCUUCCCAGAGCUGCUGUGCUGGGGACGCUGUCUGCAGCCCGCCCGAGUCCCAGAGAUUGGUGUGAGCAGUCAGAUAAGGCUGAUCUGGGAGACGGAGGAGGUGGCCAUGACACAAGGUGUUGUCAGGAGAAGAUGAUUGUGACACAAGGUGUUGUCAGGAGGAGAUGACUGUGACACAAGGUGUCUUCAAGCAGCUCCUUUGUGAGUAGGCUGCAGAGAGCCAUCCUGAGUGGGAGGUUGUGUUGUUUAAACACAUGGUGUCUUCUUUGUCUGCACUGGAUGGAGCAGGGUUUGUUUCUAUGUGUUCUCCAGGUGAGCUCACACCCUCUUUAAGAAAAGGGGUCUUGUGGAUGUUGGAAGCAAGGUCUGUCAAACAUUCUUAAAUGGUGAUGCUAGAGAAAAGCGAGCCCCCUGUAACUUCCCUAAAAGCCGACUCAGCCACUAAGUAUACAUGUUGACUUUCUUCUACUUUUUUUCUAGUUAAUCAGUGUGAUUUAAAUGUCUUUAGCUGAUGUGAGGACUUUUUAAAAGGCAGUAGUUUGUGGUGCAGCUCCGUGGAACAGGUUGUGUAAUAAGAAACCUCAGAAGCCAGGCUUCAAGGGGGCCGGGUGUGUGUGUGUGUGCGGGGUGCACCCAGGCCAGCCUUUCAGUGGAUUCCUAUUCUCAUUUAGUAAUUGAAUGGUAUAUUACAUUAUAUGUAAGUGCAUACAUAUAAGGUGGAAUUUUUCUCAAUAUAAAAAAAGAAAGAAAGAAAGAAAGAAAGAAAGAAAGAAAGAAAGAGAAAAAGAAAGAAAGAAAUGUAAGAAAGAGAAAGAAAUCCUUUUGUUUUCCUGUGAGCUCGCUCCUUGGGGAGGACUACAGGGCUCCCCAUGUAAAAUGGCUGUUGACUCCUCUAGCACAAUGGCCUCCAAGGUCUGGCCUGCUCCUCGGAUUCCCUUUGAAGUGAGAGGUCAUUGUCUUUUGAGAAUGGAUUUAAGUUUUGAAAAUAGCCCACAUUGUUCCAGCACAAGGGAACGAACAUAGGGCAACUAGUCAGAAUCAGAACCCCAGGGCCAUCAGAUGACUUGGUGAAAAGGCACUUCCACCAAAGCCAAGACCUGAGUUUGAUCCCCAGGAACCCCAUAGUAGGAGAGAGCCAACUGCAGCAAGUUGUCCUCUGACUCAGACACACACACACACACACACACACACACACACACACACGCGCGCGCACGCGCGCGCACAUACAUACACAUGCACACACACACUUACAUGCACACACAUGAACAUGCACAUGCACACACACACAUGCAUACAUACAUACACAUGCACACACACAUAUAUGCACACACAUGAACAUGCACACACACAUACAUGCACACACACAUACAUGCACACACAUGCACACGCACACACUCGUGCGCACACACAGUUUUUAGAAGACUACCUAAUGUGUAGGAAAAGGGUUAUUAGUACCUGCAACCUCUAGGGCCUCGUUUUCAAGCCCGCUUCUCUCUCCAGGCUUCAUAUGUGUGCAACCCCUGCAUACACUACAGACCUAAGUACAUAUAAAUAUGAACAGCCAAUAGGUACUCUGUAAAAUGGAUAUUCUUAAGUGCAUGUUAUUGUUGUGUGUGCCGUGACUGAGGUGUGUGUUCGUCAUGAGACUUUGCUUCUUAGCUGAAUUAAGACUCUGCCCUCCCUCCGAGGCAGGAAAUAGGCUGCAGCUUCUGGAAUCAGCUUCUCACGUUUUCCCGCCUUUGUUGUGUUUACUCGUGGCUUUGUCUGAGAGUCUGUUCUCACAUACACACCUGUAAGUAUUUAUUACAAGGUAGAAUGGGGACAGGCAGCCACAGUACUUGUAUUUGAAUGUUUCCAGGGAGGGACAAUGGAGCCCCCUCCUCAGUGAGGUGCUCACAGAAUCUGUGUCAAAUUCUGUGAACCAGGGCCAACACUGGUACCAGCUUCACCCUGACCUGGGGCCACUGCCCUCUCUCUCCACUGCCUUGUGUGUGUAUAGGUGUGGUUGUGUGUGUGUGUCUCUGCUGGGGGCAUGUGCCGCACUUCCCAGCGGACUCUGGUAUCCAUGUGUAACCUUUGGCACCUGUGUUACUGGACUGCAUUGACAGGUGGUGUACAGAUCUGUACAGAUGGGUCUGUGUGAAGAGUUGGGGAGUCCCCCCCACAGUGAAUAUGGAUACUGUUGGUCAGCCAAAGAUUUUCCUAUUCUUUGCUGCUUAAACUUUGUGCCUUAAUAUUGUAAAUAAUAAAUGUUUAAAACAGCAAA